AUAUUCAGCGAACGCUCCUUUAAGAUAGAAGUAAAUAUGUUUUCUGUGCCGAAAAUAUUUACAAAGGUCUCACAUUGAAGUGAUUUUAUCAGUUAUUUGUGAAGGGUCAUUUAAAGUUGAUUAUAAACAGUGAAAGAUCGAACGCAGGUAAAAUGUUAAAAUAAAGAUGACAUUUUACUCAAUCCAUGUUAGGUGCGUGUAUGUGUAAUCCGGUAUUCUAUCAUGUUCAUCGGAAAUACCUACUCAUGUACACGUAGUAUGUCAUAAACAUCAAACAUGACGGAAGGAUUAUGUCUUAAAUGUAUAACAAAUCUAAGAUGACUAUAUAUCCUAAAUAAUGAAUUGUAUAAUAGCAUGUUUCAACAAGGGAUUGACUUGCAAAGUAUUUUCCUUAUUCAUCAUUCGUUAAACAAAGAACCUGAGGUACGGACGUUACCAAACUUUGGUGUGCCUUCUAUUGAAUACAAUUUAACUGAGGUUACUCUACAUGACGAUGGACGUAAGCCACAGUUAACAAAAUAAAGAAAUAAGAAAAUGAAAAACUGGAUUGUUUUGCUGUUUAUCUAUUCAACAAGAUCCCAGGAUUUUAACAACUACAAGGCAUGUCCUCAUCCUUGCGACUGCUAUGUUACAUACACGACAAAUGAACCCAUCGUGCAUGUGUUUUGUUCGAUAUCGAAACUGAAUAAUUUUGAUUUUUCUAGAUUGAAAACUAAUGUGACUAGUGUUCUGCACAUCACCUGUGAAUCUUUACUACAUUCCCACCUACAGGAUAGAAUAUUCCAGCAUCUUUAUUCAUUUAAUGCAUUCGAAUUGUCGGAUUGUUCAUUUAAUUACAUUCAUGAGCAUGCUUUCUAUGGACUACGUAACCUUCGUGAAUUAAAUAUCAAUAGGGCAAGAAACCUUUCUAUACAUGACAAAGCAUUUUUGGAUACACCGAACAUGCGUAGACUUGUCAUAACUAAUAGUGGUGUUACACAAUUUCCCCCUUUAUAUGGAUUAAAUAAAAUACAGUUUAUUAAUUUUACAAACAACUUUAUCAAGGAUAUAUCCAAUGCAAAUUUCAUGGAAUGCGACGAAGAACUUACAGAUUUAUUGGUAUUAAUAUUGAAUAAUAACCAAAUUCAUGAGAUUAAUGUUACAUUCGGCAUAUUUACACCAAAUCUCAAGUACUUAUCAAUCGCAGACAAUAUGGUCGCACAUAUCUCAUCUCAGUCUUUGCUAAAUUUAACAAAUCUUGAGCUCCUGGAUUUAACCGGAAACCAUUUGUCUGAACUGCCGAGUAACUUACUGAAAGACAAUAUAAACAUCAAAGUCGUUGGAUUAGGUCCAAAUCCAAUUUCACAGAUAGAUGAUGAUUUUUUUCAUUCAGGAAAACAAAUGGAAGCACUUGUUCUAGGUUCAACGCGAGUAGGAGAUUCUAUUUGGAAACAUCUAUACUAUUUACCAACUAUUCAUGAACUUCAGCUUGGAAAUUGUUCGUUAACUUAUAUAAAUAUUACUGUCAUGGGUAAACUUAGACGAUUACAACAUUUAGAUCUUUCUAGAAACAAUCUUAGCAAAAUUUUGAAUUAUACUUUCAUUAACCAUGUGAAUUUGGUAACACUUUUACUUUCUCAUAAUGAGAUCAGCCACAUUGAAUCCCACGCUUUUCAGGGAUUGCGAUUAAUCAAUAAAUUGGAUUUGACUGGUAACCAAUUGAAGACUUUACAUCCGCUAACGCUCAACUCCAUGCCAGAAACCUCUUUGCUGAAUAUAUCUUACAACCAACUAAAUCAUUUUCCUGAUUUGCACAAUUUAACGAAAUUAUUUAUAUUAGAUCUACGCCAUAAUCGGAUAAGCAAGCUGGACAACGGGAGUUUUGCGGGACUUCCAAAUUUAGCCGGCAUUAAUCUAUCAUGGAACAAACUAACUGCUCUACGAAGAAAUGUUUUCCAAAAUUCUCGAAGCUUAGAACUACUUCAAGUAUCAAAUAACGACAUUGAAGUCAUUGAAGUUGGCGCUUUUAAAAAUAUGUCAAAACUAAAAUGGGUUCUACUUAAACAUAACAAUAUUAAAAAUAUAGCUUAUGUUUUCACGAAUAUGCUAUCAUUACUUCAACUCGACUUGGGCUAUAACAAAAUAGAUGGACCAAUUCACGCUGGACACUUUUACAAUUCAUUUGCGUUACAACAAAUAAUUUUGAAUAAUAAUCAUGUGACCAGUAUUGUAGGAGCAGCUUUUUCUAAAUUUCCACAUCUAGAAAUAGUUGAUUUGAAAUAUAAUAAUAUUUCGUCUUUGCAACCAUACAAUAUAAAGUUUUCGCCACUCACCACUCCUCCGCCAGUGUUCUAUUUCAGGGGUAAUAGAUUUAACUGUGAUUGUCAUCUUUCGUGGAUGAGACAAUGUUUGAACAGAUGGACUGAGUCAUGCAAAGGAUUAGAAAUUGAUGAAUUCGAAUUCUUGCUUUGCUACAAUGGAUAUAAAAUUAGAAAAUUUUCUCUGAUUAAGAAAGCUCAACUGGAAAAUAUGUUGUGUGAGUUUGAAGAUCCCUGCGUCGGCAUUUGUGAUUGCUGCCAAUCUUUAUCUUGUAAUUGUAGAAUGGUUUGUCCUACAAACUGCACUUGUCUCAUGUCUUUUAAUCAUGAAAACGGAAUUGUCGAUUGCAGUAACAAACGUAUAACUAAAGUCACAGAAAACAUACCUUCAAUAGCAAAAAUAUUUUAUCUGGAUGGAAAUGACCUAGUUUAUAUUACAUUCUCCAUUUUCAGUGGACUUUAUCAACUAAAAACACUUUAUCUUAAUAGAAGUGGGAUAGAAAUUGUUAAACCUACCGCAUUUGUCAAUCUUACAAAGUUGGAAAAUCUAUAUUUGAAUGAAAACAGUCUAUCCUGUGUAGUUGUUGAAUUACUCAAUGGACUGGUAUCCUUAAAAUUGCUCCAGCUAGAACACAAUCGCAUCGCAUUCAUUGCAGAUGACGCGUUCAAAGGGAUAACAAAUUUGGAAGUUUUGCGACUAGCUUACAAUAAGCUUGUAUCCCUUCCGUAUGGUUUUGCAGAGUCAAUGGUCACACUGAAGUAUCUGACUUUAUCUAAUAAUCCUUGGUCAUGUGACUGCAAUAAUUUACAUGAUUUAAAAGAAAUCACAUAUGAAUUAGCUGACGUCAUUAAAGACCGACAUGACAUGUAUUGUUUUGUAAAUAAUACAAAAAAUGAAAGUUUUGCUAUCGGUUCUAAACAACAUGUAGUCGAGUUGGACUAUUGGUCCAUCUGCCCAAACCAAUCUGUUAUAUUCCAAAACAGAACAAUCGAGAAACACAGAGAGGUUCUUAAUUACAAAGAGGUUCAAGCACUAACUUCAACUCUCGUUCUCCUAGUUCUCGUUAUUAUUAUUUCCACGCUUGUGUUUAUGAAUCGAACCUUAUUACAGGUUGUCAUGUACAAUAAAUUCGGAAUACGAUUGUUUAGUGUAAAACCCGAGAACAAAAUGUACGAUGCCUUUGUAUCUUAUAGUCACAAGGACGAAGGAUUUGUUGUUCGGGAGCUUGUGCAAAGGCUGGAAAAUAAAGAUGGUUACAAGUUAUGUCUCCACUUCCGGGACUUUCCGAUUGGUGCAUGUAUAGCAGAUUCAAUCAUUCAGUCUGUUGAAGACAGUUCUAGAACAAUUAUGAUAGUAUCAAACAAUUUUUUAGACAGUGAAUGGUGUCAAUAUGAAUUUCAAACAGCUCAUCACAGUGUGUUAAGAGAUAAAUCUCAGAAAAUUAUUUUGAUUCUGAUGGAGAAUAUUGACCCCUCCAAACUGGACCCAGAACUGAAACUUUACAUGAAAACUAAAACGUACUUACAGCGUACAGAUCCUUGGUUUUGGGAAAAGUUAGAGUUUGCAUUGCCAGUUAAAGCAAAACCUAAAAUUGCAGAUCAACAAUUAAAUGAUUUAAACAAAAUAAACAUUGAAUAUAAAGACGAAGAAAAAAGAGCUAACAUACAGAAAAAUAUGUUUUGAUGACGUACUAAAUAUACAAUUUACGCUUUUUUAAAGAAAAUAAUUUGCAAAUUAAAGUAGAUAAAAACCUUCUUUUAAGAAAAUAAAAUAAUAAAACUAA